UUUGUUGAUUCACUCGAAGAGUGAGAAGCAUAAUAUGGGCCAAGUAAUCAGUUUGAUAUCAAUCUUUGGUGAUACACCGUCAUAUUUACAUUAUUUGUACAAUACGAGUGAUUUUCUUUGGUACCUGGUUAAACUUAAGCUUUGCUCUGUCUGCAGCAAACUUGCAGGCAGCAGCUUCUCCCCCCUCGCUCACAUGCGUAAGUGCUGUCCUCAGCUAGUACCUGAGCUCAGGUCGUACCAAAAUUAGGGGGAAUUUACGACGGUGUGCAAUGUGCUUCGAAUGUUGUGUGUUGUUUUUGACAAGACCAAGAAAAAAGUCAGUCGAGACCAAGACCACGUAAAAGUUGUCUCAAGACGUCCAACUCUACUUGUACCUAAAAAAAGAAGAUUUAUACAUGACGCACGUGAAAAGACCUAGGAAAACCGAGUUGACAAUAAAAACGAUAACAAAAUAAUGCUGAAAACCGAUAAAAAACCCUGAAACCCAUGCAUUUCACAACCAAGCAUCAACUCUCACGACCGGGUACCAAACGACUCACGGACCAGUACCGGUCCGGGGGUUCGGGACCGCUGCUGUAGACUCUCGCCCAGGCUUGCCUGUGAAAAACUAGAUAACAGGGGACCAUCUUCUAGUGGAGAUGCAUUAUAACUCACCUGUGCAUUAUAAUAAAAGGUGUUGAUUGCAGCUGACAGUGUCUGCAGACUUUGAUAACUGUGACACCCUCGUGGUUAAUCAGAGGGAAAUCUGAGUCAGUGUGGAUUUGGUUGUACAGCUCUCACACAUACAACCUGAACUGCACAUUGUAAGUGUGAUGUUCUUCAAAUUUGAACAAAGUAAAAACUAAAAAACUUUGAAGUCAUACGAGCUAAUAUUUUAUUCACAAUGUUGAACUUUUACUACUUUUAUCCCCAAAAUGAGUUCACUUCAAAUAUUUACCACAGCAUAGCGUCCCCAGGCACCUGAGACGUUUGGCAGAUGGUGAAACUGUUUAUCUUUGUGAGGAGAAAGAAGUGAAAGCAGGCCGAAACCUCAGCACAUGGAUGACAUCAACCAAAAACAUCCAGCACCAGAAAGUAAAGAUGAGCCAGCGGCGAUCCCUGUGGAAAAGACUUUUCCUGCUAUGAAGCAGCCCAGAAGACGCAAGUGCGCCAACAGGGAGGACAGAAGCUUGAGCUGUGAUCAGUGUGGAAAGACCUUUACUCAGAUUGGUAGCUUAAAAUCACAUCAGCUGAUCCACAUCGGUGGGAAACCAUUCAGCUGUGAUCAGUGUGGAAAGUCUUUUACUCAGAUUGGUCACUUGAAAUCACAUCAAUUGAUCCACACCGGUGUGAAACCAUUUAGCUGUGAGCAGUGUGGGAAGUCUUUUACUCAAAUUGGUAGCUUGAAAUCACAUCAGCUAAUCCACACCGGUGUGAAACCAUUCAGCUGUGAUCAGUGUGAAAAGUCUUUUACUCAGAUUGGUAGCUUAAAAUCACAUCAGCGGAUCCACACCGGUGUGAAACAAUCACAUCAGCUGAUCCAUACCGGUGUGAAACCAUUCAGCUGUGAUCAGUGUGGAAAGUCUUUUACUCAGAUUGGUAACUUGAAAUCACAUCAGCUGAUCCAUACCGGUGUGAAACCAUUUAGCUGUGAUCAGUGUGGAAAGUCUUUUACACAGGUUAGUAGCUUGAAAUCACAUCAGCGGAUCCACACCGGUGUGAAACCAUUCAGCUGUGAUCAGUGUGGGAAGACCUUUACUCAUAGAUCCAGCUUAAAAACACAUCAGGUCGUCCACACUGAAUUUAAAGCUUUCAACUGUGAUCAGUGUGAAAAGUCUUUUACUCAAAAAGGUCACUUAGAGAGACAUUAUAUGAUCCAUGUUGGAGUUAAAUCAUUUAUCUGUGAUCAGUGUGGAAAGUCUUUUACUGGGAUUGAUAGGUUAAAAAUGCAUCAGCGCAUCCACAGUGGAGAGAAACCUUUCAGCCGCGACUAGUGUGGAUAAUCUUUUACUGGCAUUUGUCACUUAAAAUCACAUCAGCUCAUCCACUCUGGUACUAAAAAAAUUGUAUGUGGUCACUGUGGAAAGGCUUAAACUCAAAAGAAGGGCUUAAAAUCACAUCGGCUCAUCCAGUAUGGAGUUAAAUCAUUUGUAUGUGAUCAGUGUGGAAAGUCUUUCAUCCAUAACAAAAGUCUAUUGAGGCAUCAAAAGACCCACAAAGUGUCCUCCUGUGAGAAAAGGGGCAGACCAAUGGGACAUUACCCUGACGGGGUUCAUUUGAACACAGUGGGAGAAACAGGAGUUUGAACAAAAGUUCUUCUGGAUGCUGCGUCAAACUUAAAAAGCUUGAGAUCAGGCCUCACAGAAUUCAGCUUGUGUUCCAUUUUGUUUCAUGCAUUUAAUUGACUGGUGCAUCUUUGUUGUCUUAUAUUUUGGCAAAAGUUUAGCAAGUUAAACUUCACUGGCUGUGUCCACAAACAGCAUACAGACUUAACAUUAUUCCCAUCUUCUGAUAACAAGAAAAGGCUAAAUGUCAGAACAGUUCACCUUCUGGGUCAAACUAUCAGAUCCGUUACUGUUUAUUUGGCCAUUCAUCGUGAGGUAAUUAUCAGUGUCACUGCUGUGCCACUUCUGUUGCAGCUUACCAAUGUGCAAUGUGUUUUCAUUGGUCCCUGUUGUCUUACAGGAUGUGAGUCUGUUUUGAUUCAUGAAGAGACAAACCAUGUUUUUUUUUAUGUUGCACUGAAAAUAUUAUUACUGUAAGUCGUAAAUGUCUGUCAUUUAACCAGGCAAUAUGUAAACACAUUUACUUUAUCCUAUGAAUAAAAUGAAUUAAGAUGUAA